CUGCGCGCAGCACAAUUGGAGUGAAAACUUGCUGUCGUAUUUCGUCACCCACUCUGCACAGAACUAAAUCUCACUGACUUCAAUUCUACUUUGCUCGGAGCAUCAAAAUCUCUCGCCGGAAAAUAAGUUAGUGGCCUUUUUUAUACUAAGGAAUAUAGAAUUUGAAAGAGGCGUAGAAAUGAGUGUGAUCGAUAUACUGACUCGUGUGGACACGAUCUGCAAAAAGUACGACAAAUACGAUGUCUCGCAGAAGGACACCAACAUCUCCGGUGACGACGCCUUCGCCCGCCUCUACGCUGCAGUAGAGUCCGACAUCGAGUCCGCUCUUCAGAAAGCGGAGACAGCUUCAAGUGAGAAGAAUAGGGCGUCGGUUGUUGCGAUCAACGCCGAGCUUCGGAGGACCAAGGCUCGAUUGUUCGAAGAGGUCCCCAAAUUGCAGCGGUUAGCUGUUAAAAAGAUUAAAGGACUUUCAACAGAAGAACUAACUGCACGUAAUGAUCUGGUCCUUGCCUUGCCUGAUAGAAUUCAAGCCAUACCAGAUGGCUCUGCAGCGGCACCCAAAUCAUCUGGGGGUUGGGGAACUUCAGCUCCUCGUACAGAAAUCAAAUUUGAUUCAGAUGGGCGUUUCGACAAUGAAUACUUUCAGCAGACUGAAGAAUCGAGUCAGUUCAGGCAAGAGUAUGAAAUGAGAAAAAUAAAACAGGAACAAGGGUUGGACGUCAUAGCAGAAGGUCUGGAUACAUUAAAAAACAUGGCUAGUGAUAUGAAUGAGGAGUUUGAUAGGCAAGUUCCUCUGAUGGAUGAGAUUGACACUAAGGUGGACAAGGCAACAUCUGACCUGAAAAAUACCAAUGUCAGACUGAAAGACACUGUUCAACAGCUGAGAUCAAGUCGGAAUUUCUGCAUCGACAUCAUUUUGCUCUGUAUAAUUCUUGGAAUUGCAGCCUAUUUAUACAAUGUGUUGAAGAAAUAGAAGUUGUUUGAUAUUCUCUUACUCUACUGUGUUUGGUUUGUAUCGGUUGGUAUCUUUUUUGUGCGUGUGUUUGUGUGUUUGGGGUGGUGUUAUGCUUAUUGUAGUGACCGUAUAAUGAUUUCUUCUUCUGAUUUAAACUACGGACGUCCAAUAAGAAACUGGACAUUCAGGAUAGGAUUAAGGCUGUAAAUUAAUAGAGUUGAGCUGAACGAAUGUUCAACUUGUUUGAGUUUUUAUCAAGCUUUUAGAAUGGUGUAAUUUUUUUAUUUUU